CGCGUCUACACCAAACACCUCCUCGACCAACUUUGAUUCAACCCCUCCGAAAAUGGCAUCACACGACGAAAACCAAUACCUCGACCUCAUCCGCAACAUCCUCGAGAACGGCGAAACGCGUCCAGACCGUACCGGAACAGGCACGCGCUCCAUCUUCGCCCCACCCAACUUGCGGUUUAACCUUCGCGACGGACAAUUCCCUCUUUUAACCACAAAACGCGUCUUUCUCCGUGCAGUCAUCGAGGAGCUUCUCUGGUUCAUUGCCGGCACCACAACGAGUGUCCCCCUAACCGAAAAGGGCAUCCACAUCUGGGACGGCAACUCCUCCCGCGCCUACCUCAACUCCCUCGGCCUCACCCACCGCGCCGAAGGCGAUCUCGGCCCAAUCUACGGCUUCCAAUGGCGCCACUUCGGUGCCUCCUACACCACCCACGACGCAGACUACACCGGCCAAGGCAUCGACCAACUCGCCGAGGUAGUCAGGAAAGUUAGGGAUGAACCUUGGGAUCGCAGGAUCAUUAUGUCUGCGUGGAAUCCUGUUGCGAUUCCGGAGAUGGCGUUGCCGCCGUGUCAUGUAUUGUGUCAGUUUAGCGUGAAUACGAGGAAUGAGGUGUCCUGCCUUCUAUACCAACGGAGUGCGGAUAUGGGGUUGGGGAUUCCGUUCAACAUUGCCUCAUACGCGCUCCUGACGUACAUGAUCGCACACAUCACCGGCCGUACACCCGGAGACUUGAUCAUCCAACUCGGUGACGCACACGUCUAUAACGACCACGUCGAGGCGUUGCAGGAACAGCUCCAGAGGGAGCCGAGACCGUUUCCGACGUUGAGGAUUAAGAGAAGUAAGGAGGAGGUGGGGGGGAUUGACGGGUUUGCGGUGGAGGAUUUUGUUGUGGAGGGGUAUAAGCCGUAUCCGAAGAUUGAGAUGAAGAUGAGUGUGUAGCGAGGAGAGAAUAUAUAGAAAUACAAGGAC